AUGGCCGAUGGGUUUAAUCUUUCCUACUUUGUGCGGCCGCAGUUGAAAACAUAUCGCUUUUGCUUCUUAGGCUUCGGAUACCUUGGGAAACAAUGCAGAUCCUACAACUACUACAACUCAUCCUGGGGAACGACGCUAAAUGUUGUAUUAAAUAGAGCUCCUAAUGUCGGCUUUGUUUUCGCUCACUUCGUGGCGGCAAAAUUCAUAUUAGGAGCUCCAUGUGUGCUGAUACUUCCAGUCUUUAAGUGGACGAGAAGGCACCAAGCAAUGGACGCAAACAUCGAAGAAUUUCUACAAGCUCACAACAACUUUUUGCCCGUCAGGUACUCUUACACGGAUAUCAAGAAGAUCGCAAAGAAUUUCAAACACAAGUUAGGUGAAGGCGGAUAUGAUUCUGUGUAUAGAGGAAUACUUAGAAGUGGCAAUGAAGUUGCGGUUAAAAUUUUGAACAAUCUAAAAUCUAACGGCCAAGAUUUUAUAAGCGAAGUGACCACAGUUGUAAGGAUCCAUCACGUUAAUGUGGUGCAACUUCUUGGUUUUUGUUUUGAUUACUCCAAACAAGCUCUUGUCUAUGAUUUUAUGCCGAAUGGAUCUUUGGAUAAGCACAUUGUUUAUAAGGAAGGAGAAAAUUCUCUUGAUUAUAAGAAAAUGUAUGAGAUCUCUCUUGGCAUAGUUAGGGGGAUAGAAUAUCUACAUCGGGAAUGUGACAUGCAAAUUCUACACUUUGAUAUCAAGCCUCACAAUGUUCUCCUAGACCAGAGUUUCACUCCGAAAGUUUCUGACUUUGGACUUGCAAGACUUUACCCCACCGAUCACAGCAUAGUAACGUUGACUGCAGCGAGACGAACCUUGGGAUAUAUGGCGCUUGAGCUAUUCUAUAAGGACAUUGGCGGUGUUUAUUACAAAGCCAAUGUUUAUAGUUUUGGGAUAUUAUUGAUGGAAAUGGCCGGUAGAAGGAGAAAUGUAAAUGGAAAUGCAGGGGCAUCAAGUCAAACUUAUUUUCCUUUGUGGGUUUAUGAUUAG